CUUCUUCAGUCAGGUGCCAAGCGCCGAGCGCGACACACCGCGCUCGCAUUGCGACCCUUCGCCGCACACACAGCCUUCCGAUACACUACGUAUUUCUUCUAAAGUAAUGAACUUUUGAGGACCAAGUUUAUUUAUAUAAAAUGUAAUUAAAUACUUUUGGUGAUCUAUGAACUGAAUUAAUUAAGACGUAUUAUUGAAGGAUCAAAGCCAGUUUUUCGGGAGUGACGUCUUAAUAGUGUGAGGAAAAGCCGCAGCUUAUUUUCCGCACAAGGAUGUCGCGACACGUGCUCCUCUCGCGGCUGGCAGAGCAGUUCCAGGCGACGUCCCCGCCACCCGCGCACCGCUUCCCCUCUCCCGACCGUAGUGUGUCCCCGAAUUCUCCCACGUCUCCACGUUCUCCCCCACAAUCACCCGACUCCCUGCCACCUCAUCUGCUGCAAUUUGGCGAUCUUGAAAUAGCUGGAAGAGCUCUCAAACAGUACGCUAGAGCCACUGAACUGGGAGCUCUAAUGUAUUGUAGCGGCCUCGGCGCUUUGUACGGCGGUGCUGGUGUGUGGCCGCUGCUGCUGCCCAGGAACACGCCACAGUUCGCCAGGCCAUCAAUCGAAGCGACCAGGCAUACACCGCCUAGAGAAGAUGACGAAGAGUUACCGCUAAAUUUGUCAACUAAAAAUCGCCAAAUAUGGUCACCGGGAAGUGCAUGCGAGCGCGAGAAGAGUGACGCAGGCGCAGAGUCCCCAGUAUCACGUUGGGAAGACCAGGACGAUUUAGAUGCGCCACUGGAACUGGUGAAGAGGUGCCCCAGCAUUGCUGAUACUGACCGCCCUUUAAGUGCAGAACUACAGCGCUGCCCGUCCGCACCUGCGCAUCCUACGUUUCCACCACCUCCUCCGCCAGUUGAUCUCAACUUCUCACUAAUAUUGAAGAACGAAAAUAGAAAUGAAAAGUCCUUUCAGUGCAAGCAAUGUGGCAAGUGCUUCAAACGCUCGAGUACACUGUCAACACAUCUGCUUAUACACUCGGAUACUAGGCCCUAUCCCUGCCAGUACUGCGGAAAGCGGUUCCACCAGAAGUCCGACAUGAAGAAACACACCUAUAUACAUACAGGAGAGAAGCCGCACAAAUGUGUGGUGUGUUCGAAAGCGUUCAGCCAGAGCUCAAACCUCAUCACACAUAUGCGCAAGCACACCGGGUACAAGCCCUUCUCGUGCGGACUCUGCGACAAAGCGUUCCAGCGCAAAGUAGACUUGCGUCGCCAUCGCGACUCGCAACACUCGGACGCUGCUGAAGCCCCGCUUUCCAUGCCCCCGCUUCGCUACCGCUACUAUAGAGACGAAGCGGCGCCUUUGGCUCCACUCGUCACUAAUUGAUCAUCAUAAUCAAUAAUUCAAGAGCACGUUUUUAACUUUUAUGUUAAACACUUCUGUUACAAGAGGUAUCUACAUGAUGAAUUUGGAACAAAUUGAGUACGUAUUACCUAGUUACCAACAUUUUAAGCAUGUUGAAUUCAUAAAAUAAUAUUGUAUGUAUGCAUAAAAAUUCAAGUUAUUAGCCAAAGAAUUUUCAUUGUAAAAAAGUACAAAAAAUGUGGUCAUUUAUAAAACAAAUGUUGUGUGGGUAUUUACACACUCGCGAAGCCUUUAAAAAUAGAAGUCUGUGGAUUAGGAGUAGGAAGGAGCUAAGUAUUUUAGAAAUCUAACCAUGUUAUACAAUGUAAAUAAAUAUGUGAACAAUGAGUGUUACCUAACACAGUGCCUUAUAGACGAUAUUUGUCUAUGAAACGUAUUUGCACUAAAGCACACUUAAAUGAAUAUUAUCUAUUAACGUGGAUCGAUCGGUAUAAUCAUUAUAUUUUUGUGUAAAAUUUUUUGUUUUAUUAUAAGAAAGUCAAACCGCACCUGGAUCCGUCCGUUUAUAUAGUGAUGUCUGACAUGUAGGCAAUUGAUAUUUAUUUAUAAGAUUUUUGGGACAAGAUGCCUGUAUGACAGAAACCGGUUAACGGUAUUACUACCUACAUAGUUUUAGGUUUAUAAUGUAUAAGGAUAGUCUAAUGCAAACCAAAGUAAAGUGUCUUAUUUAGUCGAGUGUGAAACGCUUUAUUUAAUUUAUAUAAAAUAUUGACCAAUAAUAUUAAAGUACUUUUGUUUUUGAUGUCUAAUUAAUUUUAAUUCGUGUGACUAGCAUAUACCUGCUUAGAUUAUUAAAGCAUUUUUUGCAUUAAUGUAUAUAAACAUAGUAUAUAUACUAUAUACUUAGUAUUUCAGUUGAAUGUAGUAUCACCCGGUACAUUGUACUACUUAUUAUAUUAUGUACCAGCUAACAUGAAAAGACUGUGUUACCACUUUUUGCCUACCAGUAAUCAAAAUGUCAUAUUACUACCCUUAUAUAUAAUUUUCUGACUUCGUACAACUAGUGAAGAACAGUACUUACAGUACGUAAUGCACACGGCGUAUUUUUUACUCACGGACAACGGUCGCAGCCAGUAAAUUUUUGAGCAACUUCGGCGCCGUAAACGCGUUGUUCAUGACACGCGUGUUGUCCGCGCGUAAAAAAUUAUACAAGAGUAAAAUAUAUCAAUACAUUUUUCUUCUAUCAUCAGAAAAGAGCCAUGUCUUAAUCGUGUUCAAUUAUAGUGAUUGCUUGAAACUUACCGAUUAGUAAUAAGUAUAAAUAGUUACUUUUUGUCCGUAAUUUAUAAAAUGAUAGUUUUGUUUAAGUACUACGUGAAUAUACCUUCGGGAACUUUGUCAACAAUAAAAACAUGUGGGAGCUUACUAAGGAAACUUUGACUAUUUGUGGAAGAGUCCAACGGCUAGAACACCAAAGAGUACAGCUAUGAUUGUAAACGUAUACUUACCGCUUUUGUGUGACAUGUUUAUCCAAAAUGAGAAAUCGCAUUUUAUAGAUACCCCCACAUCACUUAAUUUUAUCGCGCAAGUCUCACGUCACUUAUUAAUUUAAGUAGUACCCGUAGGCGACAUUCUUGAAAAUGCGAUCUCUAUAGUGACUGAACUAGAUAAUAAACGACAUAACUACUUGUUAGUGUUCUGUAGUAUUGAACAUGUAUUUAGAGAAGUGCAUUUCCUGACCGUACUCGUCUAACGGUGAAACCGUUUCAGCCAUGCAAGACAUGAAAACUGUAUUUUGUUUAUAAGCAAAUGUAAAAUAUAAAACAUGGACCAUUUUGACGGUUAAAAAGUUUCGUCAAGUCAGUAGUUAAGUUU